GUCUCUCACCUGAACAAUGCUGUAGAGCAUUUUCAGUUGGUUCUGGACCAGUGUCCGGUCAGCCAUCCAGAUCAUGCAACGGCUCUCACCAACCUCGCGUGGGUCCACCUCUUAGGCUACAUCCGAAAUGAUCUCGAAGACAUCGAUGCCACCACUUCCCUCUUCCGCGACGCCCUUGCAUUGCGUCCGCAGCACCAUCCCGAUCAUCCCUCAUCUCCAUAUAAUCUUACCGAAGCACUGACUUGGCACCACAUCAAGAAAAGUACUGCUACCGACAUCCGCGAAGCCGCCCAACUCUAUCAUGAACUACUGCCUCUCUGUCCAGAGGACACCUACCUUCCUAACAUCGCGGCAGGCAAUGGCGUCAAUUAUCACGGUAGCAUCGAUGAUCUUGACACGAGCAUACAACUCGGUCGUGAGGCCGUGUCUCUGUGCCUCGAGGUACAUGCUGACCGCGAUACCUACCUGAACAACUUGGCCUCUUCACUCACGUCACGCUUCCGUCAUCAAGGCAAACCUAAUGACCUCAAUGAGGCUAUCUCUUUGCAUGAAGAGGCACUGACGUUGCACCCACCUAGGCAUCCAUGUCGUGACACCACGCUCAACAACCUUGCCAUCGCGCUCGACACUAGAUAUCGCAAAUCGCAUGUUAGUGAGGACCUUAACGAGGCCAUUGGUUUGUAUCGCGAAUCCAUUCGGUUAAGAAGGCUUGACCUUCCACAGCGCAAUGUAACUCUUCACAAUUUGAGCUCGGUGCUCUGUUUUCGUUUCACGCAAACUCAGAAGAAUGAAGAUGUCGAGGAGGCCAUUACUCUUUGCCAACAAUAA